GUGUGUCACUUUGAUGAGGAGUCAACAAAAUUGUAGACAAGAAUAUAGACAGAGAGGGAGACAAAACGGGUGUGCUGUGUCCUCCACACAGAGACAAAGUCAGCUUCUUCUUUAACAUAACACUGCUUGCCUGCUUUGUCCAAUUCCUCCAGAGGGUAGAGGUCAGCUGAUGACCAUCAUGUUUUGCUUCCUACUCUACCUGCCUGCAUUCGGCCUCCUGACAGGUUCUGCUGCAAUGUACCAGGCAUUUACCAGUUCUGGGGAGAUGAACAUCUCGUCCUGCCCCAUCACCUAUUUCGGACAGAAAUAUGAGAAAGUCUAUGUGAGCCUCGAUGCAAACAAAUUUGCAUUCUGCUUCAACAGCUUGUACUCACCUGGAAUCCAAAACGACUGUAUUCUGAUGUCUGGAGGGGCCGCUGACAGAGGCGACCUGACAGUUCUGACAAGAAAAAUACCUCCUGGUUCUGGGGUUCAUCAACUUCUGCCACACCUGAAGCAUGCUGGGAGUUGUGUCAAUGUGAUCCCUUUAAAGAACAGUCAAGAUGAUGAAGUUGAACAAGUUGAACUUGGCAACUUUGGGGCUCAAGCAAUUCUGGCGAUCAAGACAUAUUCAGGCUACACACACACUGAAGUGGAGGCAGAUUCACAAGUCAACAGCCAAACAGUUUCCAAGCUGAAAUUUCAGAUAUCUGAAACAAAUACUGGUGUCAUCGCAGAUGUGAGCGGAUGCAGACUCUCAGGUGUUGUUUAUAAGACAAAUACAACAACAUAUGACCAAGACACCUGCUCUGCUAUAAUCUGCGAUGUGUAUGGAGUUGCAAGAGUAGUCAGCGAUUGUGGUCCCAUGGAGCAUUGCCAGGGCGAUGGGAGUUGUGCCGCGAGAAAUGUGUGCACUGUGGCCGGCUCAACCGUCAUCGAUAUUAAUGGCAAAGUUCACACUGUCCCGGACAGGUGUGGGUACACUCUGCUGAGCCCCGGGUCAAUCCCAGGGCUCAAGGUGUAUGGGGUAUUCCAGGAAAGACGCCGCAAAGAUGUCAGUUUUUUGAACAAUGUGGUACUGCGUCUGGAUGGGGCAGGUGUUAAGGUUUCUCUGGAACAAGGUGGCAGAGUUAAGCUGAAUGGUGAUGUGUUGAAGCUCAAUGCCACAGCUCAGGUGUUCAGCGGUGUCGAGCUCUCAAAGGACAAAACAGGAGUGACUGCUAAAAUAUCAACCUCCAACGGCAUGGUUUUUGUCUUCUUUGAUGGCGACAAAGCACUCAUCCAACUGUCAGGAACCGUCCAAGGUUUGUGUGGAGGAUCCAGCAAGUCUUUCAGCGGAGAAAAGGUUGCUGAAUACAGUUCCGCCGGGUGUGAGGUACCGCAUGAUGACACUGCUAACAGUACUAUAAACUGUGACACCCAAGCUAAAUGGUGCAAUCUCCUGAAGCAGGCUCCUUUCACUGCUUGUCACAACCUCAUCAGCCCAGAGCCCUUCGUAACUGCCUGCACAAACACUUUAUGCAAAUACCCUGCAGUGGACGAUCUCAAAUGCAAGCUACUAGAGACCUACACCAUGGUCUGCAGCAAACAAGGAAAUGUGAAGGUGGAGGACUGGAGGACAAAGACCAGCUGCUAUGCUCAGAACUCCUGCCAGGAUAAAUUCUGCAGUGAUCACGAGUUCUGUGGUCAGAAGUUCUAUGGCGGGGAACCUCGCUGCUUUUGUCGCGCCAUAUUUGCUUCCAAGUACAGAUCAGAAAGCAGUUACGGUGAGCCAACUGCCUGCGAGCACAGUUCAGCUGCGGUAACGCUGGCUAAUUGUCUCUUGGAAGAGGAGGGCAUCGAUUACUCUGCCUUACACCUCAAUGACCAGACCUGCAAAGGGGAAAUGAAGGACGAGACCCACAUGGUGACGUUCAAGUUUGACAGCAGCAGAACUUGUGGUACAGUGGUCAAGGCAAAUGACAGCAAAAUUAUCUACAAGAACACCAUCAUGACACAGAACAACUCCAUAGUUGGCCAUAUCUACCGUCACGACCGAGUGCAUAUCGACUUCUCCUGUUUUUACAAUCAGCCGGAUAUCAAGAGCUUAGCCAUCAAACUCAAACAGAGCUCUGUGGACCAGCAGAUUACUUCUGGAGCAUGGAUUUACAAUCUGACAAUGAAGGCCUAUACAGAUCCUCUACUUUUGGGAACCAUCGAAUCAAGUACCAAUAUCCAAAUGAAUGAGAGAAUCUGGGUGGUGCUUAAGACAGAAGGGCUGGAUGAAAAUGUAGUCCAAUUUGUCACUGAAUCCUGCUGGGCUACAAAUCAGCCUUCGCCAAGUGGAAAUCUGAGAUAUGACCUAAUCAUCAAAGGCUGCCCUAAUCCUGCUGAUGACACAGUGACAAUAGAGAACAAUGGAAGGGGGCCGUACAACGUGUUCUCUUUCAAAACGUUCCAGUUCACUGGCCUGACUGGUGACGUCUACUUGCACUGCAAAGUACAGCUUUGUGUCAUGCAGGGAGGCAACUGUGUACCGAAAUGCAGCCAGGCCGGGAGAUGGCGUAGAUCUAUCAUGUCAAGUUAUGAGGAUGAGAACCCUGCCUUAAUCACCAUGGCCUGGACUUAUUAGGCAAGCUCAACACUCCUCUUAUACUGGUUUCCAUUGAGAUUCAGACUGACUGUUGAGGUCAAGACCCAAUAUGAGUCCCAUUUUGGAUCUGUUCUUAUGAAGAGUCCACCAGUUACUUUUGUGCUUAAUGUAUUCAAGCUUACUUAUAAUAACUUGAUGAGUGCACUGAUAUUCUCUAGCCGGAGAAAUCGUUUUGAUCUUUCCUUGGGUUUCUGGCUUUCUCUCUCCCUACAUAAUAAAAAUGAUUACUGUAGUUUUGGAAAGGUGUUGAUUAGAUUAGGGGCAUUCGACAGGAAAUCCAAUUAACACCUGGAAGAAGGAACAACUAAUUCUUGUUUCAUGAUCUUAUAAACAUAGAUGCUCAGAGAUCGGAUAUAUGAGCAAAUAAUAAAUUAGUGACUUAUAGAAAAAUAGAACUGGAAUGGCAAUUGUGAGUGUGGCAUUUUUACCUGUUUUUUUGUAAUAUUAAAUAACAAAGAGUAAGGUCUUUUACCUGCUUUUUGUAAAGUGUCUCCAGAUAACACUUGUUAUGAGUUGACGCUAUACAAAUAAAGAUUGAUUGAUUGAUUGAUUGAAUGUGUGGUUGUAUUUACAUUCUCUGGUAUUGGACAAAUUGUGGGCAUUGUUUGAAAUUAAAACCUGCAAUCCUUAGUGUUGGGGAUCACCAAGAUCAAAACAUACUGUAUGGGUUAUCUUCCUUUGUUAUGUUUGUAUAUAAUCAAUAAAAAGUAUGGGGAUAUAACAAGCUA